CACGACCACCUGACGCGGUGUGUUCUAUUCUGGGUCCUAUUCCGGAUUUCAAAACAAAGGUCUCCUUUGAGGGGAGAGACUUUGAGAGACUUGGAUCCUGAGUGGAGGAGGCAGGCUGUGCACUCCAUCGCGAUGGGCAAGGGCCUCUCCUCUUCACGCUUUGGCUACUGAGUCGGACAGAUCCUUUCCUUUAUGGCUGAGGCCUUGUACUUGGCAGCCGGGAAGGCUGGCUGUGUGGUCACGGUGUCGCAUCCCGCUGACCGCAGUGUGGCUGUGGGCACCUCUCCCCAGGGACCCUGGAGUGGCAGCGGCGUCUUCUUGACCCUCGACUCAGGCAUCAUCCUCUGCCACGGCUCCAUUUUCUCACCUUUCCUGCUGGAAACGGAGCACCACAGUUCAUCCAAAUGCAAAGUAUUGCUGCCUGAGAGCUUCUCCCCAGACCUCCAGAUCCAGGUGCUGGUGACGGAUGAAGGCAGCCAAACCCCUUGCAGAAGUUUGCCAGGCAGGGAUCUGGGGGAUAACACCCCAGUGUUGCGGUUCAAUCCACUUUCCAGCCAGCAAAAGAUCCCCAACAGCCAAAAACACAGAGAAGCCGAACUCAUUCUGAUGGCUCCUUGCCUGCAGUUCCAGGAGGCUUUUGCCAAAAUCUUCAGUGCUUCUGACCAGUGGCAUUUUGGAGGGAAUGAGGUUGGACAAGAAUCUGACUCUGCUGCAGAUGAGAUGCAUUUCCUGCACUGGUUUGCUUUGCUGAGGAUCCUGGACAGUGGUUUCCCCAGUGGCGGGUGGGUGAGCUGUGCGCCAGCCAAGGGGCUGAGGAAGGGGGACCCACUCAUUGCUUGUGGCUCCCCUUUUGGGGCGUUUUGCCCCGACAUUUUCAUGAACACCUUCAGCAAAGGGAUUGUGAGCAACACCUCGGGAGAAGGCAAUGCCCUCAUCCUGACAGACGCACGCUGCUUGCCUGGCACAGAAGGCGGCGGGGUUUUUGCAGUCUCAAAAAAUGAUUUUCACUUGGUUGGAAUCAUUGUUGCUCCACUUUGCUGGAAAGCCAAUGAGUGGGUUGGCCUGACUCUGGUUUGUGCCGUCGACUGCAUCCUGGAAAGUAUUGGGCACAUCCUUUCUGGGCCCCCUUGGUUUUGCAAAACCUGGUUGCACCCCAUGGCACUUGUGACUAAGGCUCGUUACGGUCCGGCAACCAGAGAUGGUUUGGUUCAGCAAAUGUUAGCCACCGUGGUUCUGGUUGAAUGUGGACCAACCUGGGGUUCUGGUGUGAUGGUGAAUCCUCGGCUUGUGUUGACCUGCCGACAUGUGGUCAGUGGCGCCGCCAACGUUUGCGUGAGAUUACAGCCCCACCUUGACAAGGCUUCUGUUGCUAAAGGAAAGGUGAUCUUUGCAACCAAGGACUCUUCUCCGUAUGAUGUGGCUCUGGUUGAGUUGGAGGAAAGUUUGACCACUUUUGCAAUUCCUGUUCUUGCAUCAGAGUUUUGCCUAGGAGAAGAGGUGAGUGUCGUUGGCUUUGGGGUCUUUGGCCAGACCUGCAGCCCAUCAAUAACAUCAGGAAUCCUGUCUGCAGUCAUCACUGUGGAAGAGAAGCCUGUGAUGCUCCAGGCAACUUGUGCAGUUCAUAGUGGCUCAAGCGGAGGAGCACUUUUUUCUAUGCGCAGUGGGAAUCUCCUAGGUAUCGUUGCCAGCAAUACCAGGGAUAACAGCAUCGGGGUGACAUAUCCACACCUCAACUUCAGCAUUCCCAUUACUGUCCUGCAGCCAGCCAUUUGGGAAUUCAUCCAGGAGAGACACCUGCAUGCCUUCCAAGAGCUAGAUAGGGUUGGCAAGAGGAUCCAGGUUGUCUGGAGGCUCCAGAGAGAACCAGAGGCGAUGCCUCUCAGCAAGCUAUGAGGAUCUUCAGAAGCAAGAAGGAAAGCGUGCACAAGAUUCAAAGUCCGAAGCUCCUAUUCCCUAGACCAGGGGUCCUCAAACUAAGGCCCAAAGGCUGGAUACAGCCCUCCAAGGUCAUUUACCUGGCCUUCGCUCAGGGUCAACCUAAAUCUGAAAUUACUUGAAAGCACACAACAACAACAAUCCUAUCUCAUCAGCCAAAAGCAGGCCCGCACUUCCCAUUGAACUACUAAUAAGUUCAUAUUUGUUAAAAUUGUUCUUCAUUUUAAUUAUUGUAUUGUUUUAAAGUGUUUUUUGCACUACAAAUAAGAUAUGUGCAGUGUGCCUAGGAAUUCGUUCAUGUUUUUUUCAAAUUAUAAUCUGGCCCUCCAACAUUUUGAGGGAUUGUGACCUGGCCCUCUGUUUAAAAAGUUUGAGGACCCCUGAUCUAGACACCUGAUCUUGUUAUGAAAUGCACAUUCAAUUUUGAAUUAGGUUUUUUUUAAAAUCCUAGCAAGACUUUCCUCAACUGAACUCCAGAGUUUGGAAAAUUUUAAAAAUUGAACUAUACACCCCAGAAUCCCUCAUUCAGUAUGGCAGUUGUAGUCUAAGCAACAAAAAUUUCUGUACAGUUUUUAACACACGGCAUUUCCGAGAACUUUUUAUCUUUCCUUAAAAUGAACAUCGGGGAAUUUAGAAGUUGCCAGUUGUUUGAAACUGGAGUUCCCACAAUCCCUUGCUAUUUGACUAACUGGCUGGGUUUUGUAAUCCAAAGGCCCAAAAUUCCCCACUCCUGCCUUAAACAAUUCUGCCUCUUAUCCCCAUAUGUUGUUCCCAUCUAGCUGCAAUCAUCCUGCUUCAAAAUCCACUUUUGUGUGUAGAACACCUCUAGUUUUAUCCUAUAAUCUUGCUUUCCAUCCCAUAAACUGCACUUGCCCAACAACUAUGCUGGACCUCUCUCUCACUUUCCUACACUGUUGGAAUUUAGAUGAGGAUCUGAAGGCAACGCCAUCUCCUUAAUUUUACUUGGGGUGCUCAAUAAUUAAAGAAUAAGCUUACGGGUGGUGGAUUAGGUGUUAGUGAUUGGUAUUCAUUGUCUCCCGUUGCCACCAGAAGUUGCAUAGUGAUUCAGAACAACUUUGUACAGAACUAAGAAACAUAUUUUGGGAUGUUG